AUGGUGGUCGCACUCACACAACCGGAUGAACAUCGCUUUGCGAUCAUUGUUGGCGCUGGAAUCGCUGGAAUCGUGCAAGCUUGCGAGUUUGUCAGGAAGAAAAUCAUUCCUCUGGAGGAGUUCGCAAUCAUCGACAAGAAUGACGGCUAUGGGGGUGUCUGGUUGACGAAUACCUAUCCGGGAUGCGCGUGCGAUAUUCCAAGUCAUGUUUACAGCAUAAGCUGGGCAAUGAACCCAGACUGGGGUAGGAGAUACGCCCCUCAGUCGGAGAUUCAGAGGUACUACGCAGAGAUCGCGGAGAAGCACCGGCUUCCCGAAGUCACGACAUUCAGCACCAAGGUCGAUUCUGCAGAGUGGAAUGACGGCUUACUGUUGUGGGUUCUUCAAACAACAAACCUCAAAACCGGAGAGAAGAAGACUUGGACAUGCAAUGUGCUCAUGAGCCCUACCGGUCAAUUCAGCGUCCCGAAAAAGGCUCCCAUAGAAGGUCUUGACAGAUUCACUGGUGAGGAAUGGCACACCGGUUUAUGGCCCAAGGACGCUUCCAUCAAGGGCAAGAGAGUUGGCAUUCUCGGUACUGGUCCCUCAGCUGCGCAACUUCUUCCCAAGAUCUACAAGGACUGCAAAUCACUCGUCGUCUAUCAAAGGAGCCCUUCAUUCGUGCUGCCUCGAGACGAUUAUGAGGUAUCGGCUCUUCAAAAAUGGAUCUUUCGGUACGUUCCGCUAGUGAUGCGACUUCACAAGUGGUAUGUGUAUCAAAUGAGCGCUUUCCUCAACAGACACGUGUUUGUCGUUGGCUCGUGGUUCCAAAAGAAGGCCAUUCAAAUGGCUUGGGGACAUCUCAACAAGCAGGUCAAAAACGAGGCUACUCGAGAGAAACUUCGGUCACAUGACAAUUUCGGAUGCAAGAGACCGUUGUUGUUAGAUGACUACUACCCAAUAUUCAACUCUCCACACGUAGAGUUAGUGACAGACCCGGUUGUCGCUUUGACAGAGCACGGCAUUGUGUCUAAGAGCCCCAAGAGCAACGCCAAGACGGAAAAAGAAGUCGACGUUCUGAUCUGGGGAACUGGCUAUCGGCCUGCGGAGUUUGGGAUAGCUUAUCCUUGCAAGGGACGAAGCGGAGUUCUUUUGUCCGACAAAUACAGACCGGAGAACUUCUCUCUCUACGGUGUCGCAGUCGACGACUUCCCGAACUUCUUCACCUACCUCGGACCGAAUAGCUUGGCCUUCGAAGCCAGCGUUAUCGACGAGUUGGAAAAGCAAUCAACGCAUAACGCGUUAGUAGCAAAGUAUGUCUACGAGAAAAAUAAAGGGAGUUUCAGAUUUGCUGUGGAACCCCGCGAGGAUGUCGUCAAGACCUGGACGUUGUCACUGCGAGAUGGGCAGGCAAAACACCCGGCAAAUGUUCCUACCUGCCAGAGCUACUACAAGUCACUAGAAGGAAACAUCUACUUCUGGCCCUUCGAAAUAUCGAAGUACUACAAGAUCAUCGCAAACCCCAAUCUCAAGCGCGAUUGGCGGUUGCUAUCUACGCGACCGGGUCAAGGAGUGAAGAUCUCUGACGUCGACUGAGAAUGAUAUGAUAUAGUUGCGUUUGUGUACAGACUAGCUUUGAUAGGGAGGGGAGAUGGUGGUGGCUUGAUAUCUCAUUUUCUUUGGGGACAUUGGUUCAAUUGAUGUAAAAACACGCACGUGUUAGCACUUCAGGCUUGGGCAAAUGCAUCAG